UGUUUAGGUUUUGUGUCUUCAAAAUAAUUUUUGUAGUAAUCUCAUAUAAAAGUUCUUUUUUUUUACGGUUUGUAUCGUGGUAAAAAAAAAAAAACUAAAGACACCAAAUGGUAUCUUUAAAUUAUUCCGUUUUCAUUUAAUUCUUCACUUCUUAUUUUUCUUUAGUUUUUAGUGAUUAGCAAUCUAAAAAGAUUACUUGAAAUGAAAAUGUGUGUGUGUUUUUUCUUUUUUUAAUUUAAUGUUUGAACACAUUAAAAAAAAAAAUUCUCUUAACUUGAUCAUACAUCAAAGUAACUUUUUUAGACAAAUAGAAAAAUUGUUAUCAGUCGACAGAUAAGCUAGUUCAAUGCAUAUACCAAAAUAGUUGUUUGUACUCUUUUUUUUUUCAUUAAAAUAUCGAGUUUAUGGCAUUGACUACUUUGAAUUAAUUCAUUGAAAUAUAUUAAAACUUGAAUGUUUUUUGGGGUUUUUAAAUCCAUUGCUAAUCUAAAAAAUUGAAUGAUAUUGAAUAAAAAUGAUAACGUUUCCAUAAAACUCCUUUUAUUUUCCCUCUUUUUUUUUUUCCUUGGCUUGGUUUGACAGGAAAUUUAAAAAAAAGUUAUUUUUUAAAAAACCAACACUACUUUUCUGCUAUGAAUAAUAUUUUUCUCUUUUAGUAGCAAUUUUUAUUUAACAACCUUUUUUUCUUUUGAAAAACAAGAAAAUGUUGUACUAACAAAAUGAACAUGAAAAAAACAAAAACGUCGAUUUCCGGCCCUCACCAUAUAGAAACACAUGAGUAUACUAAUCAUCCAACGACUCACUUAUCUUCUAAACAAAAUUUAUUUAUGGAAACAUGCACAUUGACGAAUCCUUUGACUCAAAUAGAUGUUGAAGUAACGCCACCUACACCAUGUGAUACCGAUUCUCAUGUCUUGGAUGAUUUGUCAAUCUGUCAUAAAAUUGUGGAUCAUGAUGAAUCAGUUUACUCCAAGAAGCACUUACAGUCAGGACACCAAAAUCAUUUCACCCAUCAGAAACAAAAUAAAAAUCAGCAAAAUGCUUCAACUGUUUAUCCUACAAUCAUGUCACCUUUUAUAAAAAAUAAAAAUAAUUAUAUUAUUCCAGUUACUCCCUGUGUGAAUCCUGUAGCAUUACAAGAUAAACAUUGUAAUCGGCUGAUACAAAGCCAAAAAUCGAAACUGUGUAAAAAUUGUACUAGUAAAAAAAAUGAUCAUAAUAAGAAUGAAAAAAGCUUUUCUUGUACUCUUGAUGAAGAAAAAGAAACAAAGGAAAGUGAUGACACGGCCAUCGACAAGACUAGUAUACAUUGUGAAGAGAUAUUAAAACAAAAAUCAAAUAAUGAACGUUUAUUAGAAAAGACCUACAUUAUAGCUUCCAAAUCAUUUAAAGAAGCAUCAAAACGGUUUUGUGAAAGUAGACAAAUGUACCGAUUAUCACAAAGCAAUGCUUCGGAAUUCACAUCUCGAGCAUACAAUAGAGCCUAUAAGUCUAGGAAAGUACAAGAAAAAAAUACUUUCUUUCAUCGUUUCUCCUUUGUCAAACAUGAAAUCAUUACAGGAGGAGCAUCAUUUAGUGAUUACUACGACUUGAAUGUGAAAAGUUUAGGAAAAGGGUCAUUUGGUUCCGUUGUGGGGGCUCGAGAUUUACGUACGGGUUCUUUGCGUGCAGUUAAAAUUGUCUACAAACCAAAAGUAGCAAAUGUGACACGUUUGAAACGCGAAAUACUUAUCAUGAAAGCUUUAGAUCAUCCUAAUAUUAUUCGUUUGUUCGAAGUGUUUGAAGACACGAAAAAUCUUUAUCUUGUGAUGGAAAUUUGUUUAGGUGGUGAACUAUUCGAUCGUAUUAUAAAAUUAGGUCAUUUUCCGGAACGCUAUGCUGCCUUGGUUUUAAAACAAAUUCUAUCUGCAAUUUCCUAUUGUCAUGCUAACGAUAUUAUUCAUCGCGAUUUAAAACCAGAAAACGUUCUUUUUAAUGAAACGUCUUCUUCUUCCUUAAAAGUGAUAGAUUGGGGAUUCGCAGCUAAAUGUAUUGAAACACAAAAAUGUUGCUCUCUUGUUGGUACACCUUAUUAUGUUGCUCCUGAAAUUUUGUUAGGUAGUUAUGACCGGCAAUGUGACGUAUGGAGUGCGGGUGUUAUUUUUUAUAUUCUGUUGUGUGGUUACCCUCCGUUUUAUGGGAAAAAUAAUAAUGAAAUCUUAAAAAAAAUUAAGGAAGCUCAUAUAUCUUUUGAUAGUCGCUAUUGGAAUACAAUUUCGGAAGAUGCUAAAAAUUUACUUCGUGGUUUAUUGAAAUAUGACUCCAAACGACGGCUGACUGCUGCGCAAGCGUUACAACAUCCGUGGAUACAAUAUCAUACCCGUUCAUUAUUAGGAUUUGAUGCCACUUUAUCUAAUAAAUUGGGAGAAUAUUUGAUACAUAAGUUCAAAGCAUUUUUAGAACAUAAUAAAUUUAAAAAAUUAACCUUGACAGUUAUAGCUUUUCAGAUGAAUAAAAAAAAUAUCAGUAAACUUCAUGAUAUCUUUUCAGUUUUGGACAGGGAUGCGGAUGGUGUUUUAAGUAAUACAGAGUUAAGUAUGGGAUUAUCUCGAAUGAAUGUUCAAUAUAGUGAUUUCCUUGGGAAAAUCUUUCAUGAAAUCGAUACAGACGGCAAUGGAACGAUUGAUUAUACGGAAUUCAUAGCGGCAUCGUUAGACUAUCGGUUUUAUGAGCAAGAGGUCGUGUGUAGAGAGGCUUUUCAUGUGCUUGAUCUUAAUGGCGAUGGUAAAAUAUCCAUAAAUGAAAUUCGACAUUUAUUACAAAUCAACUCUCGAAACUCGACUCAUUUUGACCGAACACUACAUGAAAUGAUCAAUGAGGUGGAUGUGAAUCAAGAUGGUUACAUAGAUUUUCAUGAAUUUAUGGAAAUGAUGCGAAAAGAAAACACGCAAAAAAGUGGCAAAAACCAAAAUAAAUUGUUUUUUUAAUCAAAAGACUACGUUAUCGGUUCCCUUUGAAGU